AUGGGUAACCCAGGAACCUUAGACAGUGCAGCUAAUCCAGGUGCCUUAGACAACGUGGGUAACCCAGGCACCUUAAACUGCCUGGAUAACCCAGGCACCUUAGACAGUGAGGCUAACCCAGGUGCCUUAGACCGCAUGGGUAACCCAGGAACCUUAGACAGUGCAGCUAAUCCAGGUGCCUUAGACCACGUGGGUAACCCAGGCACCUUAAACUGCCUGGAUAACCCAGGCACCUUAGACAGUGAGGCUAACCCAGGUGCCUUAGACCGCAUGGGUAACCCAGGAACCUUAGACAGUGCAGCUAAUCCAGGUGCCUUAGACCACGUGGGUAACCCAGGCACCUUAAACUGCCUGGAUAACCCAGGCACCUUAGACAGUGAGGCUAACCCAGGUGCCUUAGACCGCAUGGGUAACCCAGGAACCUUAGACAGUGCAGCUAAUCCAGGUGCCUUAGACAACGUGGGUAACCCAGGCACCUUAAACUGCCUGGAUAACCCAGGCACCUUAGACAGUGAGGCUAACCCAGGUGCCUUAGACCGCAUGGGUAACCCAGGAACCUUAGACAGUGCAGCUAAUCCAGGUGCCUUAGACCACGUGGGUAACCCAGGCACCUUAAACUGCCUGGAUAACCCAGGCACCUUAGACAGUGAGGCUAACCCAGGUGCCUUAGACUGCAUGGGUAACCCAGGAACCUUAGACAGUGCAGCUAAUCCAGGUGCCUUAGACCACGUGGGUAACCCAGGCACCUUAAACUGCCUGGAUUAUCCAGGCACCUUAGACAGUGAGGCUAACCCAGGUGCCUUAGACCGCAUGGGUAACCCAGGAACCUUAGACAGUGCAGCUAAUCCAGGUGCCUUAGACCACGUGGGUAACCCAGGCACAUUAAACUGCCUGGAUAACCCAGGCACCUUAGACAGUGAGGCUAACCCAGGUGCCUUAGACCGCAUGGGUAACCCAGGAACCUUAGACAGUGCAGCUAAUCCAGGUGCCUUAGACCACGUGGGUAACCCAGGCACCUUAAACUGCCUGGAUAACCCAGGCAGCUUAGACAGUGAGGCUAACCCAGGUGCCUUAGACCGCAUGGGUAACCCAGGAACCUUAGACAGUGCAGCUAAUCCAGGUGCCUUAGACCACGUGGGUAACCCAGGCACCUUAAACUGCCUGGAUAACCCAGGCACCUUAGACAGUGAGGCUAACCCAGGUGCCUUAGACCGCAUGGGUAACCCAGGAACCUUAGACAGUGCAGCUAAUCCAGGUGCCUUAGACCACGUGGGUAACCCAGGCACCUUAAACUGCCUGGAUAACCCAGGCAGCUUAGACAGUGAGGCUAACCCAGGUGCCUUAGACCGCAUGGGUAACCCAGGAACCUUAGACAGUGCAGCUAAUCCAGGUGCCUCAGACCACGUGGGUAACCCAGGCACCUUAAACUGCCUGGAUAACCCAGGCACCUUAGACAGUGAGGCUAACCCAGGUGCCUUAGACCGCAUGGGUAACCCAGGAACCUUAGACAGUGCAGCUAAUCCAGGUGCCUUAGACCACGUGGGUAACCCAGGCACCUUAAACUGCCUGGAUAACCCAGGUGCCUUUGACAGUGCAGGUAACCCAGGUGCCUGA